ACAAUAAACUUACGAUAGCUUUACAAAUAAAUGGCAGGGAACCUAACGUGGAACAAAGCGUAGAAAAUGAUACAAUACAAACUGGCAGCCAGGAAGAUAAUAAGUGUGAAACAAUUAAAUUAAAGGCAAAAAUUAAUGGGAUUAAUGAUGAUAAGAUAAUUAAAGAAUUACCAUUGCAGAAUAAAAUCUAUGAAAAUAGUUUAGAAAGUGAAAUGAAAAACCUGGAUAUUGUUGAGGAAUUAUUAAACAAGAACAGCUCUACUAUUGCCAGUCAUGAGGUCGAGAUAUCGCCAAACAUGGAAAAUGGUAAUUUAGAAUGCUCUUCUAGUAACUGCGUGUGUUUCUGUAGUGGUGAGGGCGGUGCUCACCACGUGUUAUCGAUUGUGGAAAAUGGUUUCUUUAGUAAUCAUAAUAAAGAAUCUGAUGACGAUGGCGAGAGAGAUGGAGAGGAUGAUGAUGGUGAUGGUGACGAUACAGCUGAUGAUAUGGAUGAAAGUGACCUGCCAAAUUAUUCUCGCAGCUGUGUGUAUGAGGAACGUAUAAUAGAUUUUGAAAAUUUUCGCAUAAUCGAACAAGUUAUCGAUAACAAUUGUGAGGGUAAACAUACUGCCGCUAAUAAUGUCAAGUGCAGAAAUGCUAAGGAGUGUAAACGUAAUCAAAACGAACAACUAGCAAAUGUAACUGAAACUGAAUCAAAGCAAGUGGGAGAGGAAGCCAAUGACCAUCUAGAAUUACCUAGUAGCUCUCAAAAUAUACAGGCCUCGACACCUAUCUAUGUUAAUCCUGCAUUGAAUUUCUCCUGCUCUGAACUGGUGGCCUUUAUUGGCGAAAGCUAUCAAGUCAUUGAUAAUGCUCAGGCAUUUUAUAAUAAUGAUAAAACGAGCAAAUCUAAGAAGUCUACACAAUUUAAAACAAAAUCUGAAUCCUGUUCGGUAGGUAAUUCACCCUUUAAGCGUAGUAAACGUUCGGGUUUUGGUUCGGGAAGUGCUUCGACCUCCAAUCGUAGUGUGGAUGAUAAUAACAAUACGGCGCGUGUUACGGGUAUAACUGCAGCGGAACGUUUAAUGCAAAGUUUAAAUUGUGAUGUGUCACGGGAAUUGACUCAAACGAAACGUGUCGAAAAACGGGAAACGAAAGCGAAAAGUAAACCAACGGUUAGUGUUAAAACACCCACGCCUACCAAGACUCUUUUAAAGGCUUUAAAGUCUAAGUUGACACCUUUGGCGCCGCCAUUUCAGCCAGCAGCCAUUAAAAGUAAAGAGACUAAGCCUGCAAGCGGAGCUUCCAGCUCAUCUACUUUGGUAAAUUAUGAGCAAACAACCAUCUACUAUCAGCAGAAUCACCAACAGCAGCAACAACAACAAAUUUUGGCUAACAACAUGCUGCACUCUUUGUGCUUAAAUACAGCAAAUCAACAGCAUAUACUGCAACAGCAACAUGUGUCACCCUCACAACAACAACAAUUGUUUCUAGCUCAACAGCAUCAUCAUUUGCAACCACAGCAUCAACAUAUUUUACAGACCCUUAAUCCUACUCAUCCACAACAUCACCAUCAACAAAACUGUGCUCAAAAUAUUUUGGCAAUGUCUGCUGCCUCUUUAGCAGGUCAGGGUAUGCCCCACAUACACCUGCCAGCUGCUGCCACUGCUUCAACAACAAAUAAUAAUGGCAAUUUAUCAUCUACGGCAACAGCUGCUGCUGUUAUUAAUGUGGCCGCAACAAAUCCGGCCUCUCACCAUCAUCAGCAUCUUCUACCGAUACAUUUAAUAUCGGCUGUUGGUAGUACUGGAGGUAGUGGUGGUGGUGUGAACACAUGGCCUUUGCUAGAACCCAAUAAUUCAGCCAGUAACAAUGCUACAGCCACAGUUACAACAACACCCAUUUAUAUGGAUUUUAAUGGUGAAUUACGUUCAAUAUGUCCAGCUCAUGGACCACCACCAACAGCUGUUACAAUUACAACACCCCUGUCGCCAAUAACAAAUCAAGCAUCAACUGCAUCAACAUCUAACCCCAACAACAUAAUGCAGCAACAAAAUACUGUUUGUUUAAAUCCUUCACAAUAUCCUUUAACUGUAACAGCUCAAUAUCAUGCUGUAACACAACAACACCAACAAAAUCAGGCACAACUUCAUCACCAUCUACAGCAACAACAUCAUCACCAUUCGCAUCAUCUAACUCAACAACAGCAACAACUACAUAAGUCAUCGUUGGCAAAUUCACAAAAUUCUCCAUUACGCAUAAAAUCAACUACUUCAACUCAGGCCUCAAACUCUUCAUCAUCGUCCUCAUCUACAUCGGCAGCAGCAACAACAUCUUCAUCAACGGCUGCUAUAGCAACUACUUCUGCAGCUCCUCGUGUUGUUUUGCAAUUGGAUGCUGGCGUUUCAUUGCCUCUACAGAUUGCUGGCAAACGGAAGAUAUUUCGGGGUCCUACAACCGUACAAAUGGUUUCACAAAAUCGUCCACCACCACCUCCCAUGCCGGUACCCGUACAAGUACCUCAGGGCCAGGUAAUGCAGCCAUAUGUCAAUGAAAGUGGCACGUUGACACAUGUGGUAUUGUCGCCGCAACAUUAUCAGCAACUACAUGCCGGCCAAGGACACAUGCAUCCGCCAUUUCUUACAACUAAUGGUACUUCACACUUUUAUACACCUAUACCGGGUGGUUUUCCUCCGGGAGCUGGUGGUCAAGGUCCUGGGCCUUAUCAGGUAGGACCUCAUGGUCAUAUGCCACCACCGCCUCAAGCCGGAACACCACAACCUCAACAGCAGCAGCCGUCAUCAGUAGGAAAUAGUUCUCAGCAACAGCAGCAACAUUCACCAGCAUCACAUUCCGCCAAUCAUUCACCAUCGCCACCUAGUAAUAACUAUCACAAGGACGAAAGAACUCAGAGACAGCAUACCAAAUUGUUAAGAAAACUGGACAAGCAACGUUCUGCAGUUUCAUCGCCAGCACAUUCACCGUCACCCCGUCGCCAAGAGCCACAAAUAAAUGGUCACAAUACUAAUAAUAACGGAUCUUUAAGGUCACAACAGCAACAUAAUAACAACAAUAAUCAUCAUCAACGUAAACAACAGCAACAAACACAUCAACAACAACAUCAGCCACAACAGCAACGUAAUGGUAAUGUUUCUAAUUAUAAUAACAGACAGGGAGCCUCUUCAGUUGCCUCCUCUGAAGAGGGUGAUGAUAAUUUAUCUUUAGGUGUUAAUGGUGCUGACGGUGAUGAAGAAGAAGAUUAUCAGGCUUCGAUAGUUGAACAACUAUCAACUAUACAAAAGCCUGAAGUUACCGACAUAACAUCACGUUCAGCGAAAAUUGUCUGGGAGGCACCACAAUGUAUCAGUGAAUCCGCAUUGCAGUUGAUAAAUAUGCGUGAAUUGCGUUACAAUGUUCUCCUAAGCGAUCGUGCAAAAGAAUGCAAAUAUAAAAGUCUGUAUAAAGGUUCCUCGUAUGAUUGCAUUGUACAAGAUUUGAAGCCAGGCCAAGAGUAUGUAGUACGUUUACAGGUGCACUAUGAACAUUUACAUGGUACAGCCUCAGAGCCUACAGAAUUUACAACUCCAGCAUGUGAACCAGAUCGUCCAGCGGCUCCUCGAAUGGUAAUGUGCACCAAGAAUUCAUUGCAUUUACGUUGGAAUAAUCCCCUGUGUAAUGGUUCUUCGAUACAACAUUAUCUUCUGGAAUAUGAUGAGGGUAAGACUGGGGCACGUGUGGUAAAUGAGGCCGCUUGUAAAUUUGUAGAAGCUGUUAAGACAAAAGGCAGACAAUACAUAAUGACCAAAUUACAACCCUCAACUAUUUACAAUUUUCGUUUGGCAGCUGUAAAUGAGGUUGGACCUUCGGCCUAUUCGCCUGUAUGUACCUUUAGUACCCAGGGCAAUCCUCCUUCAGCUCCAAAACCUCCAACACUACAAGCAUUUAACUCUUCAUCAUUGCGUCUGGUUUGGGAAAGACGUCAGUCAGAUGGUGCUACUUGUAUUUAUGUCCUACAAAUGUUAGACCGUGGCUCUGGUCAUGGCUAUUUAAAUAUGUACAAUGGUCAAGACUGCUCAUACGAAUGUUGUCAGUUACGUCGUGCCACUUUGUACUAUUUUCGUUUGAGAGCUGAAAAUGAAGCUGGAGCCUCUGCUUGGUCAAAUGAGGUGGCCUAUAAGACAGCUCCAGAACGUCCAGGACGUCCGGGAAAACCUUAUGCUAAGGGAAAGAUCCAUGGUACUCACUUUCGUGUACGUUGGGAACCGCCUACGGACAAUGGUGGUGCUGAGAUACAACGUUAUUAUUUGGAAAUUAAUGCAGGCGGUCAAAAGUUCGAUCGUAUAUAUACAGGCGUUGACUGUGAGGCCUCUUGCGAUCGUUUACAACCUGGCACUACCUACCAAUUGAGAGCUUCCUGUGAGGGACCAGGUGGCUUAAGCCCUUAUUCGGAGGUCAGUCACAUUACCUCUGAAGCUGUAGUACCUGCUGCUCCACCUUCACCCUACUAUGACAAUCCGCCCGGGCCUUAUGCGGCGGUCUUAAGACUCGAUAAACCGGAAUAUAAUGGUGGUGCUCCCAUUUUAGAAUUUGAAUUGCAAUUGCGUAAAUGUUCGGAACAGGAAACACCACGCAGUGUUUAUCGUGGUAAAGAUGCCUAUUGUGUUAUUAAAGAUCUGCAGCCGGGUAAUCAAUAUGAGGUGCAAGUCAGAGCUAUUAACCGCAUAGGCGCAGGAGCUUGGUCUCCUUGGUUUAAAUUUAGUUCCGCUGCCGCCGCUCCCAAUUGCCCAGAAUCUUUAAAAGUUAUCAUCAAGUCAGCUACACAAUUGCAUGUUUCCUGGCAGGAGCCUGCGAAUAAAGGAGGAGCCCCCAUUGCAGAAUAUAGACUAGAAAGUGCCACAGCCUCAAACGUGUCAAAUGACAGCGAGUCAAGUACUCCACAACCGCCACCCUCCUCGGCAUUUCACACUUGCUAUCAGGGUCUACAGACCAGUGCGGAUAUACGUAAUCUAAUGCCUUUUACUUAUUACUAUUUCCGUGUUAAUGCCUGCAAUAUGGCGGGUGUUAGUAAAUGGUCACCGUUGGUAAAUUGCCAAACGCCAGCCGCUGUGCCAUCUGCUCCUCAAAUCAAAGACUUGGAAUUUACUUCAAACGAUGCAACACUACGUUGGUCCUCUCCCGAAUGCAAUGGUUCCGAAAUUACCAACUAUACCAUCGAAUAUGCUGAGCGCACCAUCAUGACUUCGGACAACGCCUGUGAAUACACUGUCACCAAUUUACAACCAGAAACUUCCUAUAAAUUCCGUGUACAGGCCAUUAAUGCCAUUGGCUCUGGUCCCUACUCUCUUUAUGCCAAAUUGACUACACUGCCCUCACCUCCAACGCCGCCCAAAUUGGAAUGUUCCGGUGUGGGUCAUAAUUUCAUCAAACUAAAAUGGGGUGAUGGCAAAAAUUUAGACUUUACCAAAUUCUAUGUAGAAAUGUUUGUCCAAAGAGCUAAAGAAUUCCAAGUGGUAUACUCUGGCACCAAUUGUAUGUGCAAAGUCAAUAAGCUGCAGGAACGCACAGCCUAUACAUUCCGCAUUUGUGCCGGCAACGAUCGUGCUGGCGUUGGCGAGUAUUCCGAAGAAUUUGUAUUCUCUACCUCGGCCUGUCUGCCGAAUAGCAUUAAAGCUCCUCGUAUUGCUCAAAAUUUACCAUCAGCUGCCUCCUCUGCGUCUACAUCGUCUGCUAAUGCAAAUAGUGGUAGUUCGCCAUCCAGCUCUUCAUCGGGUGGUGGCGUUAUACCAUCCGGUUUGCUACCAGAAACACCCAGUUUUCUAACCGGUUUGGGUAAUCUAAUGUUGGGUGUGCCACUGACACUAGAAUGGCAACAUUCAAAGAAUUCCUUCUCAGAUCGUGUGGAAUAUAUGCUGCAGUAUGCCAUUGGCAAAGAUGGCGAAUUUAAAAAGAUAUACCGUGGCAGUGAGACCAAAUUUACAAUCGAAAACUUAGAACCAGGUGGCCUAUACCAAUUUCGCGUAUGUCCAAUACGUGUUACGAACAAUGGAGAAGAUUUAUUAGGUGCAUAUACACCACCAUUCCGUCAUCAAGUGCCACUCAUACCUUCACUAGACGAUAUUGAUGGUAAUCUCUUGGGCAAUGCAGCAGCUCAAAUGUUUGCCGGCCUUAAUGCAGCCUCUGGCAGUGCUAACCAUGCCACCGGCUCAUGUCAUGGCCAUUCACAUCACCAUACGCAUCAUUCCCAUAUGGGAGGACAUAGUCAUCAUCACAAUCCCCUACAUUCCCAUCACAAUAGUAGACACAGUGGCCAUCAUAAUAAUAAUAAUAACGGCGGUGGUAGCAAUGAUUCAAAUUCCACUACAAAUCUUCAUCAUCGUUCCGUCUCUGCUUCGGCUGGCAGUUCGAGUAGCAGUUCGAACAGCAGUAGUAGUAAGAAUCAGAAUUCCAAUGCCAAUAAUACACCGAGCAACAAUACACUGUUGAUUGGCAGCAAUGCUAUCGGUUUUAUACCCAUUGGCAGUAUGGCCAGUGAAUUGGCUGCUAGUUUUGCCGGAUGUGAUGAUCCCAAUCAUCAUCACCACCAUCAUCAUCAUGGUUUUCCCGAUGUUGCUAAUCAACUUAAUGCCACAGCCUCAAGUACCAGCGGCAGCAGUAACAGUUCCAAUAAUCCACAAUCAGCUGCCUCUCUGCUGGCUGCCAGCGCCAAUCAAUUGUUUGCCAACAAUCCCAUUCUACUGCAAGCUGCAACGGCUGCCAUCAGCCAUCAUCAACAUGUUUUGGGUCAUCAUCAUGGCGGUGGAGCUCACAAUCAAAAUGCCGGUGCUUUAAGACGUUUCGUUACCAAACUAAGUUCGGUCUAUUCCAAUCGUAAACGUUUCUCGGAUCAAGAAAAGGCUGUCAUUUUCAUGGUUUCAUUCUUAUUUUUCACUUUCCUCUUUGCCACAUUAGUUAAAAUGUUUAUGCGUUAAUUUACGAAAAAUCGAAUUUAUAUAUAUAUAUAUUUGGGAUCCAAUAAAACUGCAACGAUUUUCUUUUUUUCUUAAACGAAAAAGAAAAGAAAAUUUUUAAACGACAACAACAAAUCUAGAGUUUUCAAAAGAGAUUAUUCUUGAUUAGAGAUCUCGUAAGAAAAUCGUAUUGAAUAUACUAUCUAUCUAUAUAUAUCUACAUAUAUACACUAUAAUGAAUUGGGGUUUAAGUUUAUUUAAUUUAAUCGAAAAACAAAAUCAAGGGUUUCAGUAUCUUACAUAUACAUACACACAUAUUUACAUACAUAUAAACUUUAAAACAAACAAACAUACAUACAUAAUACGCGACUACCUUAGAGAAAAACUAAACAUUCCAGAAUAAGUGUUUCAAUUGCAAAAUAUAAAUCUACAGUAUUUUUUUUUUUUUAUUAAUGAUUUUAACCGUUUUUAUGUUAACAUUUGCUAUAUGUUUUCUUUUUAUUUACUUCGUUAUUAAUUGCCCUAUUUUGUCUUAAAUAUUAUACAAACAAACAUAAAUAUUGCAUUAUUUUUAUAGAUAUUUGCUUUUAUUUGUUGUAAGAGGCUUAAACAAAACAAAAAUAUACAUACAUACACAUAUAUUUUAAAAAUUUAAUAAUGCAAAUCCUGCCCCAAAAUUAAAUGAUGAAAAAGAAAAGAAAAUAUAAAAUACAUUAUAACUAAAUGAGAUCCUAAUUUUAAGGUUUAAAUAUAUAAAACUACAGUUGCCCAAAAGAAGUUGCAGAAGAACAAGUGGUCAAAAUGUUGCUUGUUAAGUGUUAAGCAUCGGUUUUAUAUUGCAUAAAUAACUGAGGAAUUGAUUGCUCUGUAACUCGAUUUGAAAGAAAAGCAUUUCGAUUUUUUAUGUUUAAAUAUAUUUGUGCAAUUCACAAUCGGUGUUGUACGGUUGUAUGUCGUAGUUUUUUUUUAUUAUUGAUUUGUUUUUGUUUCAAAAAAUUUUAUUUAAAACAUUUUUAUGACAUACAAUGCUACAACGAUACUACAUCGAUUGUGAAGUGAACAAUUGUGUGUUCGAAAACUUUUUCUUUUGAAUCGAAAUACGGAGUAACUCUCCUGAUUUCUUUAGUGAAAACUGUUGCUCAAGGUCAUUAAUCUAGGAACUUGAUUUAAUGUCUUGAUAAAUAGUUCAGUUAAUAUCUUAUGACAAAUUGAAUUAGAAAUGUAUGUUACGAAACACAUUUUCUUAAGAAUUUUAUGUUUUAAAACAAUUUUUUUGCAAAAUUUCAUGUCUUGAGAUAUAAAAUGAUAAAAAUUUAUAUCUUGCAAUACAAAAUAUUUGUUCAUAUCACAAUUGAUGUCUUAUAGUUGUAGCGUUGUAAGUUAUAAAAAAAUUUUCAAAUAAAAUUUUUGGAAACAAAAACAAAUCAAAUCGAUACAACCGUACAACACCGAUUGUGAAUUGGACAAUUGUUUUGACACAAAUAUCUUAAAAUAUUUUUUUUAAGAAAAUCAUAUUGUAACGAAAUACAUUUUCUUUAGAAUUACAAUUUUUUUACAAAAUUUCAUAUCUUGAGAUAAACAAAUUAUAGAAACAAAUUAUAGGGUUGUAUUGUAGUAAGUUUUUGAAGAAAUUGUAUGACUUACAACGCUACAACAAUACGACCUCUAUUGUGAAAAAUGAACAAUUGUCUUGAUUUUAAUUUAUUUUACAAUUUUUGCUUUUUUUUAAUAAUUUCUAGAUACAUUUUUGUUAACUUACAUGUAUGGUGACUAAUUUCUGCAGAAAAUUUUUGUCUUAAUAUAAAUUUCUUUAAAAAUUGUUGCCUUAAUAUUAAUUGUGUUAGAAAUUUCUAUAGAAUUUGUUUUUCUUGACAUAAAUUUCUAAUAAAACUUAUAUUAACAGAAAUUUUCCUAAAAAAUUUCUGGCUUUGAGUCACAUUUCAAAUUUGUUUUCUUUUUUAAGAUAAUUUUCUAUAAAAUAUUUAUCUUGAGAUAGUUUUCUUAACAUAGUUUUCAUGACAUAAAUAUCUAUAGGAAUAUGUAUAGAACUUUGUAUGUUGAGUAACAUUUCCUGAGAAAUUUCUUAAAAAUGUUAUAUUUUGAGACAAAUGUUUGUCUAGAUAACAAUGUUGUUUCAUCAUUUCUAUUAAGAUUUAUAUCAAGACAUGAAAUUUUGUAUUCUGAGAAAACAUUUCUAUAGAAAUCUAUAUUAGUUUCUUUAAAAGCAUUGCUUUUGAAACAUAUUUAUAUGUUUAGGGUCAGAGUAAAGCUAAUGUAAAACUAUUUUGGACGGGUUUCUUACUACUCAGUUAAACUAGGCUUAACUUGCUGUUAGAUUAAAGUCGGGAACAAAUUUAGGUGAACUUUAAGACCUGGUUCACACUAGGAAACAUUUUUUGGGAAACUUUUGAUGUGUGUGAGAGAAAGAAAUAUCAACCAUCUCUUUCUGUCGCACACAAAAUUAAAAGUUUCUCAACAAAAGAUUCCCAGUAUAAACCAGGUCUAACUGAUGAUUUUGUUUUCCAAUCAAGGAUUUAAGUGCAGUUAACUUUGCUAUAAACAAUGAACAGCUGUUUUUUGCAAAUAAUACUUUUGUAAAAUGAACAAAUUUGGAAAAAUAUUAAAUAAACAUUUAAAACUAUAAUAAAGAAAAAACAAAUUAGAAAAUUGCAAUUUACU